AUGUCGGCAUCAGGUCCAGCGUCAGCGCCCGAUGUGGGCAAUAACCUUCCUCCCCAGAAUGUGACUACCACUACGACGACCAUCACAGCACGGACAUUCCCACCGCUGGGUGUGGUUCUGAGCGAGUCGACAUUUUCACUGUGGAAAGAGAAGUUCCUACGCACCCUCCAGCGUAAUGGGUUGCUUGAUUACAUUGAGAACGAUGUUCCCGAGCCGGCUGAACGCCAGGCAAAGUUGCAGUGGAUCAACAACCGUGCGGACAUCCAGGAGUUCAUAGAGACAUACAUGACCAGCGAUAUUCAGCAAAUCCUGGCUGCAUCGGGUUGGAAUGUUCGUCAAUUUGACCUGAAAGGCACACUUGAGAAGCUUGAGGCAUUGAUCACAGACCGACCUGGUGAUUACCAUUGUCAGUUGGCCAAGGAACUCGCCAAUAUUCGGCGCGAGAAUUUUGACUCGAUGACAGCAUUCACCACCUGCAUUGCUGAACUACGUAACGCACUGAAGAACAGCGACAUUUGCAAAGUCACAGACAAAGGCGUCACGUUGUUCGCUUUGCGUGGCAUUGAACAGGAGUAUCCGGAAGUGGCUCAACGUGCCAGGGUCGGCGUUGAAGCCGGCACUUAUACCUGGGAAGCCAUGAUACGGGAGUUCAGCCUGAUCGCGAAGAAUGAGACUGUCAACCUAGGCCUUGCUGCCGUCAAGUCUGACAACAAUGGUAACAAUAGCAACAAGGGUGGCAAGUCUGACAAGAAGAAAGGGGACAAUAGAGCGGAUUGCGAUGUGUGUGGCAGGAAGCAAGCCAAGAAGGCCAAGCAUUGCAAGGAUUGCGACAACCACCACAAAGGAGACAUAUGCUGGUAUUGUCACCCUGAGGAAGCCCCCGAUUCCUGGGCGAAGAAGCAGGAAUACCUGGAAAAGAAGAAGAAGAAGCAGGGCAAAGGAAGCACGACGGCUCCCCUGCACCAACAGUCUGGUGUUGCGAACCCCACGGAUUCAAAUAUCAAGGUCAUCGACAACAAUGGAAAGAAGGUCUUUUUCACGACCAGCAACUUCGUGAUGACGGCCAUGUCACCGUCGCAUUUUCAGGAGGGGUCCCAGCAUUAUUAA